CCUGGGGCUAGCCUGCAGCCUGCACGCUAGCACACCGUUGUUACUUAGACGAGCCUAGACCUCGUCAUCGUAUGUACUCACGUCCCGUUCCAAGGCGGAGCAGCAUGAAAGUGACAUGGGGGGUCAGCUGUGGCUGGGCAUCGGCUGCCCAACCUCUGGGGCGCAUACUUAUCCAAUCUUCCUGUUGAUAUCCUCAAACUCUGCUGUCUUUUUUUCCGCUUCUCCAUCUGCCUCGUUUGCGCGUGCUUUGGUUGUGUUGUGCUCCGCCCGCGUCUUUGAUCGGGCAACCCCACGCUGAUCGGCCCCCACGAAUCACAUUGCGAUCGCAAUCGAAGCUUCCUACUUGUCGACUCUCGCCGCUGCCGGCGGAUUACAUAGUGAAGAGCGAAAAAGGCGCCAUGUGUCUUGUCAAAGUUAAGCAGGAAGAGGACCACGUAGUCCCCUACCGCGUGGUGCAGCGUGCCCGCUCUCCGCCCCGUCGCCGUGUAUCGCGACAUUCGCGCGACAUUGAACGCCGCUACUCGCGCAGUGAGGUUGUUCGCGACUCACCUCCACGGCCCUCGUCAUCCUAUAUUGCUGUGCCAUCACCAAAACCUCUCCAGAUUCCCGCGCCGCAGCCGGUGCCUGUGUUCAUCCAGCCUUCUCCGCCUCCACCACCACCACCGGCGCCUAUGCCUGCUCCACGACCGCCGCCAAGCCAUAUCUCGUCUCACCAUACUUCCCACCACGGCGGCGCGCACUACGUCGAGGUCUCUCCGCGAUCUAGCAUCACCUCUCAUACGUCUAGUCUUGACGACCGUAGUGAAUAUGUGUACCGUGAGCGCGAGGUCCGGCGUGAGCACCAACGAGCUUACAGCCCUGAUAACCCACGCUACGAGCACUACCGAUAUGUGGAGCCUGAAUCGAGCGAGAGCGAUCAAUACGAGAGAUAUCAGACGCGAGACCGGAGCAGACAGCGUAGCCGCAGUCGUGCUGGCUACGACGAUUCGAGGGGAGGGUAUAGAGAAACCACCAACAUGAGGGUGUCAAUCGGAGAAAAUGACGGAAGGCGGAGGAGGGACUACGGUCGGUAAUCAUUGGUACCUUGUCAGGGCCUUCUACCAUGCUGCAGUGAGGGAGAGGUAUCCUGUUUGCAAGGCGCAUCUGGCCGAUUCAAUCGCGCUCAUGUUGAUGAUGUUGAAAUAAUUGUUUGACAGAUACUGUGAAUUUGCACGUAGUACGUAGUGGCCUUGUUACGAUUUAAUGACAUGCUCCGGUUUGUUCCAAAGCUUUAGUGGCUGUGAAUGAGGUCAUUGCUGAGGCGGUUCCUGGAUGACGGCGGUGGCCCAACGCACGUCCGGACG